UUAAUCGUUCAUCACUAUGGCAUCAGAUCUCUGCCUGUUUUUAUGAAGGCGCAUAUCCGACGCGCCGUUUCGGUUUCGUGGGUUUCGGUAUCGAGUCUCUCGUGGUCUCUCGAGAGUAACGUGCGUGCGAUUUUUGCAGCGGUGGUGCGGAGGAGAAAAAAUCCAUUCGUUAUUUUCGGGUGUGGUUCGUCCAGCCGUGGUCCGGUUUCUCCAACGAUAAUUCGGCGUAUGACGGUUGCAUAGACCCUCCCCUCUUUUUGUGACAGUACUCUGAACGAUUCUCUCGCCGUAACGACGUAUCUACCACAGAACGUUCGUCGUGAUCCAAUGAGAGCGAGUCGACCGAUACCGUAGUCUAGUUAGGAUGGAAAUGGGCAGAGAACAGGAGAGAAUAUUCGUACACGUUUGUCUCGUGAAAGUGCUACGGAGAGCAUCGUUUCCUUAAAGCGGGUCAGCCGUGUGCUCCUGCUCUGUGCUCCUGGCUCCUUCAUCCGCACGCGAUUUGUUUCUGUUACUUCUGGAACGGUGAUAAUAUGCGGAUGAUGUGAGAUCUAUGGCGCAUUCACUCUAAUGUCUCGCGAGUGCAUGUGAUCCGAUUGAGUUAACGUUCACGUCGUGGAGUUUCAUAGAAAAUGCUGGGAGACGAUCCACCGUCGUUGUCGGUGGGUACAGAAGUAAGCGCUAAGUACAAGGGUGCCUUCUGCGAAGCAAAAAUUCGUAAAGUAGUGCGAUCAGUAAAAUGUCGUGUAACUUAUAAACAACAAGGUUUGGGAACUGCCACAGUUGCCGACGAUCAAAUAAGAGGUACUUUAAGAGUUGGUGCCUCCGUUGAAGUUAAACAUGUGGAUCGAAAAGAGCUUGUGGAGGCUACGAUUACAAAAAUUCAAGAUUGCAGUCAGUAUACCGUUGUCUUUGACGAUGGAGAUAUUACGACGUUGCGAAGAACCGCGCUCUGUCUAAAAAGUGGACGACAUUUUGCGGAAAGUGAAACGUUAGAUCAACUUCCGUUGACCCAUCCGGAGCACUUUGGGAAUCCCGUGAUUGGAGGUAGACGAGGCAGACGAUCAAGGCAAGCGCAAGAUGAGAGCAGUGAAGACGAGGACAGUCCACCGCGAGGCGCUCGUGACUCGGCUUCUAGCGGAGGCGCGAAGGAAGGAAUGGAAACCGAGCCGGAGAUCGGGAGAGUAGUUUGUGUGGAACUCGGUGAUAAAAAGAAAAAGGACAAUUGGUUUCCAGGAUUGGUGGUCGCGCCUACUGCUCAGGAUACUGUAAGAAUACGAGUGAGAGACGAUUAUCUCGUACGCUCGUUUAAAGAUGCAAGAUAUUAUACAGUACCCAAGAAGGAAGCUACGGAAUUUACGAAAGAAUUAGUUAAUAAAGUUGAAAAUAGUACUCUGAAAGUCGCAGUGGAAAAGGCGCUUCUAUUUUUAGAGAAAAAUGAAUUGCCACCUCAUUGGGACAGGGAUUCCCUGUUUGGUCAUUCUGUUUCUAGUGGGAAUAGCGAUUACGACGGGGAACUCGAUUCAGAUAGUUCGGACGACGAACCACGUGAAGAAAAAGAUCACUUUGUGGCGCAAUUGUAUAAAUUUAUGGAUGAUCGCGGGACACCUAUAAACGUUUGUCCGAUGAUUGGAAGUGAGGACAUAGAUUUAUACCGGCUUUUCCGAGCGGUUUACAAAUUAGGCGGCUACAAUCGUGUUACGAAUCAGAAUCAAUGGAAAGCCGUAACACGGCGACUUGGUUUCUCAAUGCAGAAUUCAGCACCUUUGUAUAAUCUCGUGAAGCAAGCUUACAAGAAGGUCUUACACUCCUUUGAAGAUUUUUAUAGAAAAUUAGGAUGCACAAUGGUGAAUCAUCCGCGAGGUAGUACACGUAAGCAGCGUCCUGGAAGAAGCUUGAUCCGCGACAAAGAUAGAAAUACUCCUGUACCACCGCCAGCACCAGCGCAAGUGAAGAGUGACAAGGACGAAGAUGAGAAGAAAGCUGUAGAAGAUGAGAAGAAAGAAAAGAAGGAACUGAAGAAAGAACAAGUGAAAGAAGAAGAAGUUGUUAAGGUAAAAAAGAAAGAAGAAUCUGAGGGAAAUGGUAGCGGUCAAGAGAGCGAUGUAAAUGUGGAAGGGGAUGCCGAAUCAUCGUCCAAUAAUGAAAAGUCACAAAAACUAAUUGCACAAAUUUCCACGUUAUCUCCUACUUCGUGUGGUACUGCAACUACAUCGUCCAGCCGGACCAAGUCCAAAGGUAAAGAAGACACCAAGAAAAAGGUGACCGAGAAAAAGAAAACGGAAAAUAAAAAGCAAGAAAAGAAGGACGAAAAGGUCAAAGAGGAAGAAGCUACUAAGACGAGAUCCAAAGCGAAAGAUGAUACCGUAAGAAAUAAAGGUACUUCCGAAAGUAGAGAAACUCGAACACCGUCUAGAGAGGCGGACAAGAAAACGGUGUCUAAGCAACGACGUUUAACGGAUGAAGAAUUAAAGAAGCGUGGAAGGAAACGCAAAGAACAUGAAACGGAAAAGUCACGUGCAGAUGAGCAACUUACAGAGAUUGCUCCAAGCUAUAAAGGUCCCGUGGAAUGCGGUGACAAAUUAAAAGUAUAUUAUGGCCCAACGCACGAAUCCAAAGUCACCUAUGAAGCGAAGGUUAUCGAAAUAGAGAAGGAAGGUCCGGAACCGAUGUAUCUUGUACAUUACACCGGUUGGAACACCAGAUACGAUGAGUGGAUUAAAGCGUCCAGAAUUGCGCAAAAUAUCACGCAGGCUCAAGGUAAGGUAAAGCGCAUCAAAGCGACUCCCAGGCCUCAAACCCCUAGCACAAAUUCGUCUAACAAUAAAUUGAAGAGUGCUUGCAACUCGAAUACUAACGUAUCGCAGAGCCGUCGCAGGGCACAAAGCGUCGCACCUACUUCCUCUGGCGCCAUUCAAUCGGCUUCAACAUCCACAAAUGAAGCGAAGAAGGUGGAAAAAGAGAAGGAUAAAGAAAUGAUACAGCCGACCAGAUCUACUACUCCGUUGUCUAUCGCCAGUUCCAGUUCCAGAACUAAAAGUCCUGCCACACCCGCCAACAGGCCAACCAGAACAACUAGAAGUGCAGACUUAUCUGGAGUAGAACAUCGUAGGCGCACUAGGAGAACCUCGGGACACACAGACAUAUCUGUUGCAUCGGAAAGCGAGGAUAGCGAAGGUUAUGAGUCUGAUACAAUGGAAUCCGAGCAAACUAGAACUAGAUUAAGAGGUAUGGAAGAGAGAAAACGGAAGGAAGCACGAAGAGCAGAAGAGAGAAUUAGAACGGAUGAUGUGACAGUCAGUGAUGCUGAGGAUGAUAAAGAUAAUUCAGAUGAGCCACGUAAAGGUAGGCGUUUAAGAAGAAUGCCCGGGAAGUCUCAGGGUAUCAAAUCCGAACCUGAUAGCGAUCAAGAUGAUCAACCGAAGGGUCGAGAUUUUGAUCUCAAUCAAAUACGAUCUGAAUUGAAAGGUUUCGACAAAGCUGUUAAAAUGGAAAUAGUCAGAAUGGAGCCUGAAGAUGAAGUCAAGCCGGACGAUAAAGAGAACGCGAUCACAGCAUCGCCUAAAUUGGAGAAAACUAUUGAGUUACCGAAGAUGGAGGUUGUCGAAACGAAAGUGGAAAGCACGGAAGAUAUAUAUGAGUUUAAAGAACCAGAGCCGUUCGAGUUUGAAGUGAGAAAUAAGAGGGACACCAGUAGCGAUAAAGAUAAAUUGAAGAAAAGAGUAUUUGAAGACGAGGUGAAGAGUCCGAAGAAGAAGCAAAAAACAUUGAUCGUGGGAUCGGCAACGAAGGAAACGAAAUUGGAACCGUCGGAGACCGAUUCUCGGAAAAAGCCGAGAAAAUUGUUCGGUAAAAGAUCUGAUGACGCGCACGAAGCGACGACUGCUGCUGCCAGUAAGCCAUUACAGGCCACAUCGUGCGAGGACAUCUUUAAUAAAAUGUGCGAGCCGUCGUCCGCGUCAUCAUUUAAUCAAUUGAAAUCAACUGUUGCGGAAGAAUCGGGUAACAAAGUGGCUGGUAUAAAUCUUUUGUUCAAUGAUUUGCCAGCGGACGAUGAAGGUAUGCGCGACGACUCCGAGGAUCGUCUGAUAAUAUCGGAGACCGAAAUAUCAGAAACAGAACAAGAGAAUGCAUUUGCGUAUCAACAGGAGAUUCCGUUCCAAACUAGCAAGUCGGACACAGCAGAAUCGAGCAAGAACGAAGCGGUCGUGACAGUUGAAAGCGUGAAGGAGGAAACGUCGAUAAUCAAUACGGGCGGUAAUAAUAAACCGGCCAAUAUCCCGGAUCAGAAACAGAAUCAAGUCAAAUCUCUAUCAAGUCAAGUUGCGUCUAGUGGACAGUCGCAACCAGAAUUGAAGAUGCUGGAUACCAAGUUGCUUGAUAUCGUUCCUAUUCCAUCGCCGAUUGUGACACCGCCAGCUCCCAUAAGUGCACGAUUGCCGGCAACGUCUACGAUAGAAGAGAAGUUAUCGGCCGCAAUGGCGUUCCGGAGCAAAGUUAAAGAUACUAAGAAGACUGUGGAUGAGGAGGUACCCGAUUCACGCGUAAUCAAAGCGAUGAAGGAAGGGUUUAAGAAAUUAGACUCUGCUUUUCUGCAAAGGAGCGGCAAAGAUGCGGAUUGCAUUACUUCUGCGACCGAAGUGGACAAGAAACAGGAGAAGAUCGUGAACGAGGAAAAUAUACGUAGAGAGAUUAUGCGCGGGAUGGUUUCCAAGCGAAAGGAAGAGGAACUCUCCAAGUCAAAGAAAGAAGCGGAACUGAAGAAGUUCACGGAGGCAAUCGCUGAGCACAAAGCCAAGUACCAGGAUGCCACAAGAGACGAAGGUUGGAAGAGCACUGGAUACGAGAUGUCUGGUGACAAGAAACUUGAAGAGGAAUAUAAAACAAUGGAUCAGAAGGAGAGGGACAGAAUUGAAAGUCGUAAGAAGCAGAUCAACCAGGAUAUCGAUUCCACAGACAGCAGUGACUCGGAACAAAGGCUCGUGAUAGAUAACGAGGAGCUGCAGGACGUCAAAGCGUCGAUUACCACUUUCGACGUGAAGUUACAAGCGGAAUUGGGUCACGCAAUCGAAAAUACGCAGGAGAAAUAUGGGAAGUCGCAGGUGUUGAAAAUUUCGCAAAACAGCCAUCAACAGCAGCAGCAAGAACAGGAAUUCAAGGCCGAUAAUGCGAUACUUGCACCAAAGACAGAUGAGGAGGGUGAAACGAUGAAUUCGCUGCUGUGCGAGGAAGAGAUACCUGGCUCACCGGCCCCGCUGUCUGAGAGUAUCGAACAAGCUAGUGUCGGUCCUUUGUGCAGCCCGCCAAAGAACGAAGCUGCGGAGGACGGCAUGGUGCUAAUGGAAAUGCCUUUUGCGAGCGCACCGACCUCGGGUCAGAGCACGAGCAGCAGCAGCACUACCUCGGUCGCCACUCUCAGCACGGCAUUACCGAAAACUGUAGAGACAUCGAAGCUGAUUUCGUUGCCGACGCAACAGAACACGUCUUCAAACAUGCCACAUCAACGGCAGCCACAUCAGCAGUUACACCAUCACCAUCAUCAACAACAGCAGCAGCAGCAUGUGUCGGGUUUGAUUUCAACGCAACGACGAGAGAGCAACGAGGCCGCACCAGUGAUGGAUAAUACGCCGCCGACGACACCCGAUUCGAGCAUCUCUAAUAUCUCUGGUUCGCCUAGGGAAGAGAGAACCGGCGGUUCAUCGCCGAUCUCCGAAGAAAAUAUCAAGCUUAAUCGUGAUAACUCCGAGGCGGACAAUGAUAGCGCUGGCAAGGGCCUAGGUUUCAGCGAGGAUGACAUUUUACCUCACUCGGAGGGCAGUUCUGCGGACAGAAUUCUUAAACCGCCCGCCAAACGCGCGGUCGAGGAUAUGCAAUCGCCUAAGAAACGCAAGAGAAACAGAAAGCACUCUGAGUGUGGUAGCAGCGGCGGCGUCAACGUCGAUGUUGGUGUUGGUGCCAGCCUUGGUCUCGGUGUUGGCAUUGAUGUCGGCGUUGGUGUUGGCGUUGAUGUUGAUGUUAACAUGGGCGUUAGCAUUGGCGUCGGUGGCACUAGCGGUGGUGGCGUCAACAAUAGCAGCAAUAGCGUUGGUAAUAGCGGUAAUGUUAGUAGUAACGCCACUGGUAGUGUUGGGGGCAUCGUUCCAAAAAAACCUGGUAGACAAAACGGUAGACACGGCAAAUACGGAGCCGGCAGUGACAGCGACGAUACCAGCGAGGGAUCUAAUCUCUGCGGAGUCAACAACACGCCGCCGAGUCACGCCAUCAGCACCAUCACUAACGUUUCCGAUCUCAGUACUUACUCGUCGUCGAGAUCACCGAGACCAACGAAAUAUAAUUUUUACGUUGAAUUAGAUCCUGAAUUGGAUGGUAGUCAAAGAAUAGCUGUGUUACAACAGAAAUUAACCGAAUUACGGAAGACGUAUAACGCUGUGAAGGUUGAGCUCGCUGGUAUAGAAAGACGUCGAAAAAAGCUGAGAAGACGAGAACGAGAAGCGAUGAAAGCAGCUAAGGCAGAAAUGCAGCAGGCUUGUUCGUGAUAGCACUGAAAGAUUGUUACUCUUUUUUCGAGUUAAAUGGCUCUUGUAUAAGCAUUAUUGACAUGAGCAUCAUGCAAUUACGCUUGAAGACAACUCAUGACAAUUUUUAGGUAAUAUUUAGGUAACAUGUCCUAAUUCUGAUCUUUAUUUAAAUAAACUGUAGAUAUAGCCAUAAGUUUAGUGUAAGAAAUGAUUUGUUUCAAUUGAACAUCUCGCAUAGUUUAUUUUUCUUUUUGUUCUCUCCAACGUAGAGAGAA